CCUGCUUCUGACCAAAACGGCUGAAAAACCAGACCCUUAAGGCCCGCAAAUACCUAUAUAGCCCAUACAAGGAAGUAACCCCCUCCCGGGUUUUUUUAAAUGCGACAUCUUUUGUACUGCGAAUAAAAGCACUCCAAGUCCGGGACAAGACAUUUUGUUUGUUUUUUGUUAUUGUUUUUUUUUCCAACACACGUCUGCUUUACCAUUGGAGCUAUGCCAAAUAUAUUUUUCUCGCUGAAUUUUCAGCUCGUCACAGUUAUUGGGGAACCGGGAGAGGACGGAGUCAGCGGAGAAAGGGGUUUUUCCGGACUUACUGGUCAGCCAGGGAGAUCUGGACCAAGAGGAUCACGGGGUCCAGCUGGCAGGAGAGGUCGUCCGGGGAUAACAGGACCUCCUGGCCCACCCGGCCAUCCCGGAGCCCCCGGAAACACUGUGUACGAGUCGACUCCCGGUGAAAAGGGACCUGUAGUCCGUCCGAUCAUCCAAACAGCAGGAUCAAUAACAAGAAAGGUACUGGAUUUAGAGUCCUUUUUUGGGUAGUCACGCAGUACUUCUCCCCACACGUGACGAGUUGCUUGGAGGACGAAAUAAUGCCGGCCUCCAAGCUCUUCGAAGAUGGAGGGCAGAAUGCUUCCCAAAAAGAAAUUGUUCAAGACAAAAUCCCAUUUGCUUUUGGAAAAAGCACCAUAAAAAAUUCACCCUUGAUAAAUGGCUUCUGUCAGGAGCCAUAAUCGGGGACGGA